UGAAUUCACUCCCUGAACUUAAGGACCAAAAUAUAGAAAGAAGUAUCCUCUCAUUUCGUACUAUUGGCAAAGCAAGUAGAAAAUAUGGAUUCGCUUGUCCUAUGUCUAAUUUGCGUCAAAGUGCUUCUGCUAGUUUAACUUUAGAUAGUUUCCCUUUUGACUACAUUCUUGCUGACAAUUUAGAAGUUGAAAUACAACAACGCCGAUAUUAUCAAGAG